AUGGCCCUGCGGCUAGAGCGGGGCGGGAACCCGAGCGGCUGGAAGCCCAGAGAGUGCCCGUGGGGGCACAGGAUGCUCGGAGACCGGGGGGAAGUUAGGGAAGGUGGGGGUCCGUCUGUAGUCCUCUCCCGCCCCGAGCAAGCCUGCGCAGGGGGAGGUCAUAGCCAGAGCAGCUGGGCAGCCCAGAGCCCCCUCAGCCCCCGCAGCUCGGCAGCCCGGAGGCCCCACAGCCCCCGCAGCUCGGCAGCCCGGAGCCCCCACAGCCCCCGCAGCUCGGCAGCCCGGAGCCCCCAGAGCCCCCGCAGCUCGGCAGCCCAGAGCCCCCUCAGCCUCGGCAGCCCGGAGCCCCCUCAGCCUCGGCAGCCCGGAGGCCCCACAGCCCCCGCAGCUCGGCAGCCCGGAGCCCCUCAGCCCCCGCAGCCUCGGCAGCCCGGAGGCCCCACAGCCCCCGCAGCUCGGCAGCCCGGAGCCCCCACAGCCCGCAGCUCGGCAGCCCGGAGCCCCCAGAGCCCCCGCAGCUCGGCAGCCCAGAGCCCCCUCAGCCUCGGCAGCCCGGAGCCCCCUCAGCCUCGGCAGCCCGGAGGCCCCACAGCCCCCGCAGCUCGGCAGCCCGGAGCCCCUCAGCCCCCGCAGCCUUGGCAGCCCGGAGCUCCCUCAGCCCCCGCAGCCCAACAGCCCGGAGCCCCCACAGCCCCCGCAGCCUCGGCAGCCCGGAGCCCCCAGAGCCCCCGCAGCUCGGCAGCCCAGAGCCCCCUCAGCCCCCGCAGCCCGGAGCCCCCGCAGCCCCCGCAGCGCGCUGUGAGGCUCCGCUGGGGCAGGAGCAGGCAGGAGAGCCUUCUCCAGGCCCGGGAGCCCUGCCCCCACCCCGGGCUAUCCCAGUGGUAA